GCAAACUGCAAAGCGCCAGUCGACGUUUCAUCCGGAACGCGGCUGCACGCGCUUCAGAUUCCAAAUUCAUUUCAAUUCAUAUUUGAAUUUCGAACUGAUUCGAAGUGACAGUGUCUGAAAAGAGGAUUUAUUUUAUAUUUACGUUUUUGGUCGUCUGGAGAUAAUCGCUGGACACGAUCUUGGACUCCUUGUUCGGAAACUCUUUGCUGUCGACUUCACGAUAUGACAGUACAGAAUAGUCUUUGAAUAACCGUGUUUGGAAUAAUAGGAAGUUUUUAGAUCGGUUAAAAAAAUUAUGCAGAUAUAAUUUCUCCAAAAGAUAAAAUAAACAUAUCAUUAUGGGGUCAUGGAAACUGUGCGUGUGGAUAUUGUUUGUGGUUGUGUGUAUCCUUGGGAAGAUAUCAGGUCUUGAUAAUGGGUUGGCAUUGACCCCUCCCAUGGGAUGGCUGGCUUGGGAGAGGUUCAGAUGUAACACGGACUGUAAGAAUGAUCCUGAUAAUUGUAUAAGCGACCGUCUGUUCAGAACGAUGACGGAUAUUCUGGUAGCCGAGGGUUAUGCUGCAGCUGGUUACGAAUACGUGAACGUGGACGACUGCUGGCCUGAAAGAGAGAGAGAUCCGAGGGGGAAGCUUGUACCUGACAGAGAACGCUUCCCUUAUGGAAUGAAGAGCUUGUCUGAUUACGUACACAGCAAAGGUUUGAAGUUUGGAAUUUACGAAGAUUAUGGCAACUUCACUUGCGCCGGAUAUCCGGGUGUUGUCGGCCAUCUUGCUGGAGAUGCCUCAACAUUCGCAUCUUGGGGAGUUGAUUAUGUGAAGCUGGAUGGAUGUUACGCUCUGCCAGUUGACAUGGACCACGGAUAUCCUGAGUUCGGACGACAGCUCAACCUAACUGGUCGCCAAAUGGUCUAUUCUUGCAGUUGGCCAGUCUACCAAAUAUACGCUGGCCUUCAGCCAAACUUUUCGUCGAUCAUCGAGCACUGCAAUUUGUGGCGUAACUUUGACGACAUCCAGGAUUCUUGGGCUUCCGUGGAAUCUAUCAUAGACUAUUACGGAAACCACCAAGACGUGAUCGUUCCCAACGCUGGACCAGGACAUUGGAAUGACCCUGACAUGUUAAUCAUUGGAAACUUCGGUCUAUCAUACGAGCAAAGCAAGACUCAGUUCGCGAUAUGGGCCAUACUCGCCGCUCCGCUGCUGAUGAGUGUUGAUUUGAGAACCAUCAGACCCGAAUACAAAGCGAUACUACAAAACAGGAAGAUCAUAGAAGUGGAUCAAGAUCCGUUAGGGAUACAAGGCAGACGGAUAUAUAAGCAUCGCGGCAUCGAGAUCUGGUCUCGUCCGAUCAUUCCCAUCCACGGACAAUACUACUCGUAUGCCGUGGCUUUCCUCAACAGACGAACAGACGGCACGCCGUCAGAUGUCGCCGUCACACUCAAGGAGUUGGGACUCAACAACCCCGCCGGGUACAGAGUCGAGGAUUUGUAUGAAGACGUUGACUACGGCGUGCUGUCUCCGGCGACCAAGAUCAAAGUGAAAGUCAACCCUUCAGGUAGUGUUGUCAUCCUCCGAGCGGACGCUCAACCUUCAUACGCAUAUAACGCCAUACCGACACGGACGCCAUAUUCACCACUUAAUGAUGUGUUCAGACUUCGCAAGUGAUCUAGAUCACAUGCAAACUAACGCCAUCUAGCGGUCUUAAUGUAUUUUAAUUAUAGCGCCAUCUGUUUAUAUAUUUCGUCACUUACCCCU